UCUAUCGUCUACCAUCAAAACCCUAGCUCUUCCGUUAGGUAGCAGCUGCUGCUAACAAAUCGAUCUCACCGGCCACAAUCUACCAUCAAAUCGUUUAGAUUCAUCGGUGUUAAUGCUCGUUUUGCUGUAAUCUCGGUGAAAUUGUAACAAUUUCGAUCCGAUAUUGCAACCAUGGGCGAUUUCAAUGAUCCGUUCAUGCGCGGCAACAACGCCGCCGUUCAGGCUCGCACUAAGCAACAGAAUCGUGCGAAUCUUAUGCAGAUGAAGCUGAUUGGGCAGAGUCAUCCAACUGGAUUAACUAAUAAUCUGUUAAAGCUCUUUGAGCCCCGACCUCCUCUGGAGUAUAAGCCACCACCUGAGAAGAGAAAAUGUCCACCAUACACUGGGAUGGCGCAGUUUGUUAGUAACUUUGCUGAGCCUACUGACCCUGAAUAUGCUCCACCUAUAGUAAAGGGCGAAACUCCUGGCCAAAAGAAGGCUAGGAUUCACCAGCUACGGCUCGAAGAAGGUGCAAAAAAGGCUGCUGAGGAACUUGAGAAAUAUGAUCCCAACAAUGACCCAAAUAUAUCUGGAGAUCCUUACAAGACAUUGUUUGUUGCCAGACUUAACUAUGAGACAACGGAGAGCAGAGUAAAAAGGGAGUUUGAGGCAUAUGGUCCCAUUAAACGGGUUCGCUUGAUUGCUGAUAAAGAGACGAACAAACCAAGAGGAUAUGCAUUCAUUGAGUACAUGCAUACGCGGGAUAUGAAAGCCGCAUACAAACAAGCAGACGGAAGGAAGAUUGAUAACCGAAGGGUGCUUGUGGAUGUUGAACGUGGGAGGACUGUUCCUAAUUGGCGACCUCGUAGGCUCGGUGGUGGACUCGGUACGACUAGGGUUGGCGGUGAAGAAGUCAACCAGAGGGUAUCUGGGAGAGAACAACAAUCAGGGGGACCGACUCGAUCUGUGGAACCAAGAGGACAUGAAGAACGAGACAGGGAGAGGGAGAAGUCUCGUGAAAGGGUUAAGGAGAGGGAACGUGAAAAGUCUCGGGAACGGUCUCAUGAUAAACCAAGGGAUAGGGAGCAUCGUGAAGAUAGGCACCAUCGGGAUCGUGAUCGGAAGUCAGAUCGGGACAGAGACCGAGACCGUAGUGGUCGUGACCGUGACCGUGACAGACACCGGGACCGGGACCGGGACCGUAGUGGUCGUGAUCGAAGUGGCCGUGACCGUGAUCGCUAUCGUGACAAAGAUCGGGAGGGUGACGUUGAACAAAUGGACCGUGAUCAUGAGCAUGACCGUGGGCGAUCACGUGACAAGGAUUAUGAGUAUGAUCGGGUCGAUAGACAUGAGAGAGACAAGCAUGGGGAUAGGCAAAAGAGCUAUGAGCAUGGUGACCCAGAGGAAAUGUAUGACCAACCGGUACAUGGGAACAGGGUUGACCACGAGCGGGAUCUUGGAGGCUAUGACGACUACUAUGAUCAAGAGCGGUACGGUCAUCAAGAUCGUGAUCAUGAUCGUUAUUAUGAGAUGGAGGAAGAGAACUAUGAACCAGGAAAGGUUGACCCACAUGAGAAGGAUCAUGAUCGUUCGUAUCGGCAAUCGGACAGGUCGCUUUCGCGUGAGUAUGAGUAUUGAAGUGGUGCGGGUUAUGAUUUGCUGUCGGGUCGGUUUGUUUCCUUUAUUGGUGGAUUGUUUUUAAUGUUCCAUGUCAAGUUUUUAUAUGCGUUGAACUUGUUUGAACGUUUCUUAGAGAUUGCUUGCCUACUGCCUAGUCGUUUAUGUUCUAUAUCUGGAUGACUCAAGGAUGUGUUUUCUACCAUUUUCUUUUACAUAUUACGAAGUUAUAAAACAAAUGCGAACAAGUAA